AUGGCGGUGAUGCAGACGACUUUCCUGCAGUCUCCGUCCAUUUGCCAUUUCUCGGUUUCACCUCCUCCAUCCGUGAAAUUCACCGUCUCUUGUUGCUUGGCUGCGUCGCCGGCGACGCUGAGUGUGGACAUCGACAAGAAGCCUUCAGAGAGAAAUGAAGUGCGCUUGGGAUUGCCGAGCAAGGGCCGAAUGGCCACCGAUACUCUCGAUCUUCUCAAGGAUUGUCAAUUGUCAGUAAGACAAUCAAAUCCACGGCAGUAUGUGGCGGAAAUUCCUCAGAUUUCAAAUUUGGAAGUUUGGUUUCAACGCCCAAAAGAUGUUGUGAGAAAGCUGGUAUCCGGAGAUUUGGACCUUGGAAUUGUUGGUUUGGAUACUGUAACGGAAUAUGGACAGGGCAAUGAAGAUCUCGUUAUCGUCCAUGAUGCCCUGGACUAUGGAGAUUGCCGUUUAUCUGUAGCGAUUCCCAAUUAUGGCAUAUUUGAGAAUAUAAAUUCUUUGAAAGAGCUUGCUCAGAUGCCGCAGUGGACUCCUGAGAGACCUCUAAGAGUAGCUACUGGUUUCACAUAUUUGGGUCCUAAGUUUAUGAAGGAGAAUGGACUGAGUUAUGUGACAUUUUCAACUGCUGAUGGAGCUCUAGAAGCAGCUCCGGCAAUGGGAAUUGCCGAUGCUAUCGUGGACCUCGUGAGCAGUGGGACCACGUUGAAAGAGAAUAAUUUGAAAGAAAUCGAAGGUGGAGUUAUCUUGGAAAGUCAGGCUGUGCUUGUUGCAAGCAGGAAGUCAUUAAUCCGGCAAAAAGGUGUGCUUGAUAUAACACAUGAGAUGCUUGAAAGAUUUGAAGCUCAUUUAAAGGCCGUUGGUCAGUUCACGGUGACGGCCAACAUGAGGGGAAGCAGUGCGGAGGAAGUGGCUGAACGAGUCCUAAGCCAACCUUCGUUAUCGGGGUUGCAGGGACCCACUGUUAGCCCAGUUUUCUGUAAGAACAAUGGGAAUGUGGCAGCAGAUUAUUUUGCUGUAGUCAUCUGUGUGCCGAAGAAAGUACUUUACGAAUCUGUUCAGCAGCUGAGGAAGAUUGGAGGCAGUGGGGUCCUUAUUUCACCUCUGACAUACAUCUUCGAUGAGGAAACUCCGAGGUGGCGCCAGCUUCUUUCCAACUUGGGCCUCUGA